CUUGACUUCACGAGGAAACAACAGGAAGCGCCAACGCGCGCCUACUCACCGCAUGCUUGAUUCAUACUCGCGCCUUUGACGAUACACAGCUUGCCUUGAUUUUGGCGGCAGAACUUUUCUGUCACAAGUGACGUUUAAGCACGUGGUCGCAGUGUUUACUUUAUAUCGGUGUGAAUUUUCUUGAUAGUUUUUGAGAAGAAAUUGAGAAUAAUUGCUUCUUAGGACUGAUUUUUCGAGAAAUGUUUGACAAUUUUGACUGUUUGUGAUUUUGAGAGAUCCAAGACGGCUUCUUAUCGCGAAGAGUAUUAUUCUAGGUUUAAUAAUUCUGACGAGUCAGGAUGCGAGGCUGACAUGGCAGAAGGCAGCGUCGAGGAAGACAGUAGCGAAAUGUUAGGUCCUACUCUAGUCCCUGUUCUCCAUAGCAUGCACACCCCAGCUCCUUCCAAUUUGAGCUUUAAAGAAGAGGAAGACGUUUGUGGGAGCUACUCUGAUAAGGAAAGCGAUUGUGAAAGCAGUAGUCUUGGUUCGCCAGAACCCGGUUCAUUAGCGAUGGGUGGUGAAAAUGGUACCGAUCUUUCGAUAUCGUCCAAACAGCUACAAAGUCGAAUGGAAGAGGCUUGUCCGAAAGAUUCCAAAAUGCCGUCUAAUAUGUCACCAACUUCUCAUCUCAACGGUGCAAUGGCUGGAUUAGUGACAUUACAAAAUUUACAAAACCUUGCAUCGCUACAGAACCUUCCUCAAGUGGCAUCUUUAGCUGCUGGUCUUUCUAGUAUGGGCAAUUUAUCUGGGAAUCCCUCAGUUAAUGCUCCACUUAAUUUAAGCGUCAGCGCAUCAGCAAUAACACCGAGAAGUACUCAACAGAGUACAAUAGCAGAAACUCCACCUGGUAUAAUAACGAAUCCUAUGAAUACUCAACCUCACCAGCCACCGUCAAUGGCACCUCCUAAUUCCAUAAUGGGUUCGCAGCAGGGACCCGCCACAAUGCCACAAUUUAUCUUAGCGUCUGGACAAUUAGUACAAGGAAUUCAAGGUGCACAACUGCUGAUACCCACAUCACAAGGUCUGGCAACGCAAACCAUUCUGACAAUCCCAGUUAACCACGUAAAUAGUUCAGACCAGAUGGUUAAUCUAGCUCUGAAUAAUGGGCAAGUGAUGCAGACAUCUUUAGCUAAUUUGCAAGCCAUGGCUCAAACUAAUUUAUUAAGUAAUCCCACUAAUCCAGUACCUCCAACUUCAAACGGAACAAUCAACCCAAAUCUCUUAAAUCCAGCAACUCUUACCCACCUCCUUUCCAACGGUUCUGCUCAACAAAUACUCCAAUCCCUCCCGCAGCUCCUAAACAAUCACCACAUAAACUCUAAUCCCUCGCCUCUCAUGAACCCUCUUCUGUCUAAUUCAUCCCCCAUUUUGAAUACGUCGCCACCUCAUUCCAGCCAGUCCAGAAGCCAAAUGAAUGUAACGCCAAUGAGCUCAACGUCCAUGGCUUCGAAUCACCUAGGUUCAGCUCCCAUGGUAUCAUUAGGUUCUACAUCCAUGGGUACCGUACCUAAUCAUCACAUCGGUUCGAGUCAAAGUGGGCAUUACGUGGAUAGUAAAAUGCAUAUAGCAAAUAUGGGAAACAUUCCAAGAAACUCAUCACCUGGUGGGAAUACCAGGACUAAUGGAGAAAUUAGUAUUAACACUAACCAUUGUAGUAGUUCUAGUCAAAAUAUGAAGAGGUCACCUGGAUCGAUGUCACCGAGUUGUACUGAUAAUUCGACUGCUGAUCUCCUUGUCGAUUCACCAAAUCAACCUACAAUAAAUCAAACAAACUCAAACGUAGUAGAUGGUAUCAAUUUAGACGAAAUAAAAGAUUUUGCCAAGGCGUUUAAGUUAAGAAGGUUAUCCCUAGGAUUAACACAAACUCAAGUGGGACAAGCUCUUAGUGUUACCGAAGGGCCUGCGUAUAGUCAAAGUGCCAUUUGCAGUGCCCUGGCUUCUCAGAUGUUUGCCGCCGCGCAACUCUCAACUCAGCAACAAGCAAUGUUCGAAAAACUGGAUAUCACACCUAAGAGUGCUCAAAAAAUCAAACCUGUUCUGGAAAGGUGGAUGAAAGAAGCGGAAGAUAGGUACAAAAGCGGACAAAAUCAUCUUACGGACUUUAUCGGUAUCGAACCUUCAAAAAAGAGGAAAAGACGGACAUCAUUUACACCUCAAGCUUUAGAAUUACUCAACGCCCACUUUGAAAGGAAUACUCAUCCCUCAGGAACUGAAAUCACUGGCCUGGCUCAUCAACUAGGUUAUGAAAGAGAAGUGAUUCGAAUAUGGUUCUGCAAUAAACGACAAGCCCUCAAAAAUACUGUUAGGAUGAUGUCAAAAGGCAUGGUUUAAAUCUGUGAUUAUUUUUGUUGUUUAAUUAAUAUAAUGUAUAUAAAUAGAUUGUGUUUCAAAUACAAAAAAUGUACAUAUGUAAAAAUUAGUUUAAGAAAAGCAUUCCAUUGUACAAUAAUACAAGAAAAAGUAUACCAUUAAAUUUCAUUACUUAUUUUUUAUUAAUUUGUAAAUAACUUUCUCAUUUUUUUUUUUAAUUUAUAAUUAAUUUUGCCGUAUUGGUACCAUACUUUUAAUUUUCAUAUCCAACUGCAGUGUUUAAUUCCCCUUUUGAAAAAAGUUGAAAAAAUCUGCGAAAUUAGGUUCAAAACACAUUGCCAUAAAAAAAGCAAACAAACAAAAUUUAAAACUAAGA